AUGUUUACACCACAACACCAACAGCUGUCGCCUAAUCGGGCGUCAAUCAACAUGCAGUCGCCACAAGCCAGUAACCUAUCGAGAGGUAUAUUUCAGAGAGGCGGGUUUGCGACCAACCCCGGAGCAGACAGGCGAAAUCAUAUGCCGGGUAUCGCAUCACUCAUGCAAGAAUGGAGUUCAACAUCAUUGGCGAAUAACGCAAUGAAUAACUAUGGUGGGUCAAGUUCUAGUAGCAGUCGAUCUACGUCUGGCUACAACUUGUCCUCCCAGCAUGGUUUUCAUUCGGCAUUUGGCAGCAACCAUGUUGACAAUGGCAAUGCAGCACCUCCUAUACUGGACCCGUCUGAGUUUCCUUCUCUCACCACUGGACGUAUAUCCGGCAGUGGGCAAGGAGACAAUGUCGGUGUUCUACAUUCCAGCACAAUGCCUGCAGGAAAACCUUAUGGUAAACAUUCACCAUUCAAAUCAUUUGAUCAGCUGUUUAGUAUGGGAAUGGUGAAAGCGCCGACGUCCGAAACGAGCGAAUUUACAAUGAGUAGUAAAGACUUUCCAGCAUUGCCUGGUACGCAACCUCUCAGUGUUACAACUACCUCGUCUACGACAACGGAUCCAAACCAACAGUCCUCAACAACAACUUCUGGCUCGACGACUAUUUCAUUGGAUCAGAAUGGAAUGCAAUCGUCUACUGACCAUCUGUCAGAUCAGAGACUGAACAACCUGAAUAGCCAAUCGGACAAUAAUUCUCAAGAAAAUGGAGACUCGGGAACCAAAAAAGGAGUGCAAACAUCACCGGAUGGUAAAGUGACUAACAUACCUGGUAGUAUGGUACGUGAUCAAUUUGGUAUUGUUGGUCUAUUGACCUUCAUCAGGGCAGCAGAAUCGGAUCCCAACUUGGUAUCAUUGGCUCUUGGACAAGACUUAACUGCGCUAGGGCUGAACUUAAACUCACCUGAAAACAUUUACCCAACUUUUGCUGGCCCUUGGGCAGACGCACCAUGUCGGCCGCAAGAUGUUGAAUUCCAUGGACCUCCUGAGUACAUUAUUAAUCAUGGAAUCAGGGAUAAGUUAGCGCAAGUCAAGUUGUCCAGGUAUAAAGAAGACCUGUUGUUCUACCUCUUUUACACUAAUUAUGGUGAUGCGAUACAAUUGGCAGCUGCUAAUGAAUUGUACUCUCGAGACUGGCGUUAUCACAUGGAAGAGCGCGUAUGGAUUACGCAAGCGCCUGGAUUGAGUUUAAUAGAGAAAACUAGUACAUAUGAACGGGGCACGUAUUAUGUGUUUGAUGCGCUCACGUGGCGCAAAGUGCCCAAGGAAUUUCUGUUGGAGUACAGCAAGUUGGAAGGUCGACCCACCGUACCAAAUGUGCCGCUCACCACCCCUAAUCUACUCUGA